AUGAAAAUGUUGGACCCCCUGGCCGAAGCUCGUCGGGGUGGGAGUCUGCGGCCCUGCACUGGCCGGUUGCCAUGGACGCUGCGCUGGACGCUGGGCAGCGUGUGUGUGCUGACCCUGCUGAACUCAGCAGGGCUGCUCCUGCUGCUGAUCCAGAGCAGAGAGCUCGGAGACCGUGUGGCUCAGGCCGAGUCCCGGCUGGAGGAGAUCGCUCAGAGCUCCGUGGUGGAGUUCAUGACAGAGAUGAGCCGAGGUCAGGAGGAGAUCCAGGAGGAGCUUUAUCAGUACUCCAGAAACAAGAGGAGCCAGGAGCUGAGGCAAGAGCAGGUUCUGGAGCAGCUGGAGCUGGAGGAGAAGCUGGCAGAACAGUCAGGGAUGGGGAUCAGAGAGGAUCUGCCCAAAGACCUCCAUCGAGAAGCGGAUCAUGAGCGGAAGAAGAUUCAGGAGCAUCCAGACCUCCAUCCCUCUCAGACCCACCAGAGGACACAGCUACACGAUGGAAUGAUGAUGAUGAUGACGUACUCCAUGGUGCCGGUGAAGGUCUUGUUGGACAUCUGUAACAGCACUAAAGGAGUCUGCCUCACUGGACCCCCCGGACCACCAGGUUUGCCAGGUGUGGAUGGAAUGCCAGGAUAUAAUGGGACUGAUGGAAUUCCUGGGCUUCCAGGGGAACCCGGAACACCCGGAAAGCGAGGGAAAAAAGGUCCUCCUGGAGAAAAAGGUGACCGAGGUGAGCCUGGGGAGAAAGGUGACUCGGGACCACCUGGCGAGAAAGGAGAACCUUCCAACGACGUGAUUGUAGAAGGUCCACCUGGUCCAGCAGGGCCUCCUGGUGCCCCAGGUCCAAUGGGGCCACCUGGGCUUCCGGGUCCACCAGGACCACCCAGGUCUGGGAGAAACAGAAACCACAGAGUGCACCUGAACACUGACCAAACAACUGAAGGGCACACAGGUUUCCUUCAAACAGUACCAAAUGACGACCAAGGACCAGGAAACAAAGUCAAAGCCUCAAAAAAUGAGUGCAUUAUUAAGUCAGUGCAGAACCCAAGUAAUCUGGCUAAAAUGACCACCACAUAUGGAGCCUGGAUGAAAGACACAGCAGUGAAGGACGAUGAGAAGAUCUGGGUGGCAGAGCAUUUCUCAGGUCGUAUUGUGAAGGCGUAUCAGAGCAUCGCGGCUCUACAGAACAGCAGCAGUCAGUCGAUCGACGUUAGGAAGUUCUUCCAAGGCUGCAGUCACCUGGUUCAUAACGGCUACAUCUACUUCCACAUCGCCGGCACCUUCAACAUCGCCAAGUUAAAUCUCCAGACCAAUCGCUUGCACACGCUGGCCAUAGAGAACGCGCUCUACCACAACCUGUCGUACCUGCUGAACAACUCCAAGACGUACUUUAAAGUGGCAGCGGACGAGAGCGGGCUGUGGCUCGUCUUUGCCUCCAGCAUUGACGAGAACAUCGUGGUGGCCCAGCUGGACGAGAAAACGUUCUCCAUCACGACAUACAUCAACACCAGCUACCCCAGAAGCAAGGCUGGAAACGCCUUCAUCGCCUGCGGCGUUCUCUACGUCACAGACACCAAAGACACCAGAGUGACCUACGCUUUCGACCUGCUGAAACAGAAACCGGUCAACGUGAGCUUCGACCUGUGGUCUCCUUCUGGAGUCCUGGCCAUGCUGUCCUACAAUCCUACAGACAGACACCUGUACGUGUGGGACGGCGGAUACGUAAAGUCAUACGAAGUGCAUUUUCUUUCUGACGAAUGAGCUGGUUAAAGCUGUAAACUGUGAUUGGAUCCGAUUAUGAUUCUUCAGAUAUGAUUUCUCCAGAAUUCAGCUUAUUUUGGGACAAUUAAGGCUGGAGGAAAAACAGGCGAAUACAGAAAAUACAAACUAUACUGCCAGGGGUUUUAGGAAGAUUUUCAUUUUGGCCAAA